AUGGAUUACAAAAUUAAAAUAAGAGUUGAUCAAAAAUUAUCAGAAUUAUUUUUAGAUAUAAAAAACUCCAAAAUAGACAUUCCUAUUCAUAUAAAUGAAUCGUUUUCUACAAAAUUUUUGGAUAUAGAUGCCUUAAAAUGGCUUAAUAUAAAUUUAAAACUUAUAAAUGGUCCACCACUUCAUACAUUAUUAAAAAAAGAUAACAUAAUUCUGCCUAGUCCACCUGUAAUUGAACCAAGUUUUGAAUAUAAGGAAAGAAUUAGAAAGCUUGAAAACCGUCUUAAGAAUAAACAGUAUGAUGCGAUGACAAAAAAUGUAGAUUUUCGCCGAGUAAAACUACCAGAAGACACAAUUUCCUAUCAUAUAAAACAAAUUAACAAACAAUUAAUAGCUGUUCUUCAAUUUGUUAUUUCUACUGCUGCAGGAUUUCUUUUUGGAUUUCAUGGAAUUGAACUAAUAGUAAACAAAACAUUUGAUUUAGGUUUCAAGUUACUGUUAGGAAUAAUUUGUGCUUUAAUAAUAGCUUUAGCAGAAAUUUACUUUUUAGCUAAGAAAUUGGCUGAAGAUUUUGAAAUUCCUGAAGAACAAAUGGUUAUUAAAGAACAUAAAGAUUAAAUGAAUUAUAAUAUAAAUAUGGGUUUGAAUUAUAUUGUAUAGUUGUUAAAUAAGUUGCUAUAAAUUAUUAUAAAAAAAUUAGUAUUUUUAUUGUUAUUAUAAAAAUAAAUUUAGCUAAUAAUUUAUUAUUUUUGAAGAAGAAAUAAACAAUUCUAUUGAAUUUAAAAUAUUAAUUUAUGCAGAAU